ACCUGGGCAGUGUGAGUGCCACUGAAAAUCAGCUCGUGUGCCGCCUUCAGCACACGUGCCAUAGGUUGCCUACCCCUGAUAUAUACCAUUAAAGGGGAGGUGUAUGGCCAGCCAAGUACCAGUGGCCAAAGUUGAAAGCACUAGUGCUGAUAUAUAUACAUUGAGGAUCAUUAAAAAGUCAACAUUUACCUAAUAUCUAUUUGAGAUACUUCACAUAUUUUCUUGUAUGUGGAAUGGGAAUGUUGUGUUGGCUUGUGUGGAGGUGUAGGAGCCCAUGACACAGUUUGCUCUAGUGUUGUCUAAACUUCCCCUUGCUUCGAUGUGCAGGAUUAUGUUAAUAGAUUAGGACAUUAAGGGUCAAAGAUUAUUUAAUGAAAACUAUUAAAGAUCAUACAGAGGUACUUAAGGCUUUUGCCACUGGGACUUAGCUGGCCAUCUUCCCCUCAGCACGUGGUCUCCAUUUUAUUAUUAGGAUAAUAACUAACAUACUGCAGCGGAUUCAUACUUUGGGGACAAGAGUUCGUAUGCAGAAAAUGUUAGCACAAUGAAUUUUACAAGCUCUUCUUCUGCAAGAGGACUGAAUAGUGCCUGGAUAGGAAAAACACCCCUCUCUUCUAGUAGAUCAGGUUGUAGAAGCAGGACUCCUCUCAUGGGAUAUUCAGUUACAUCCUCAUCUGCUGUCUCUGCUCAUUUGGUUGCAUCCGUUAUUGUAGCUGUAGUAGAAGGGAGAGGACUUGCCAGAGGUGAAGUAGGAAUGGCUAGUAUUGACUUAAAAAAUCCUGAAGUGGUAUUAUCCCAAUUUGCGGACAAUACAACCUAUGCUAAGGUUAUCACAAAACUCAAGAUUUUAACACCAUUAGAAAUAAUAAUGUCAAAUACCGCUUGUGAUACAGGGAAUACAACCAAAUUGUUCAGUUUGAUAACAGAAAAUUUCAAGAAUGUGACUUUUACUACUGUCCAAAGAAAAUACUUCAAUGAAACAAAGGGCUUGGAAUAUAUAGAACGGUUGUGUACAUCUGAAUUCAGCACUGUUCUAAUGGAGGUUCAGUCCAAGUAUUAUUGUCUAGCAGCUGUUGCAGCUUUGCUAAAAUAUGUUGAAUUUAUUCAAAAUUCAGUUUAUGCUCCUAAAUCGCUCAAGGUUCGUUUCCAGGGAAGUGAGCAAACUGCUAUGAUAGAUUCAUCAUCAGCCCAAAAUCUAGAAUUGUUAACUAACAAUAGAGAUUCUCGGAAUGGUCACACUCUUUUUGGCGUUCUAAAUUAUACUAAAACUCCAGGUGGAAGCCGAAGACUUAGGUCUAAUAUCCUGGAGCCUCUGGUUGAUGCUGAAACAAUUAACACAAGAUUGGAUUGUGUUCAGGAACUACUCCAGGAUGAGGAGCUCUUUUUUAGUCUUCAGGCAGUGAUUUCAAGAUUCCUGGAUACUGAACAACUUCUUUCAAUUUUAGUACAAAUUCCAAAGCAAGAUACAGUUAAAGCUGCUGAAUCAAAAAUAACUAAUUUAAUCUAUCUGAAGCAUACUUUGGAACUUGUGGAUCCUCUAAAGGCUGCUUUGAAAAGCUGCAAGACACAUCUAUUAAAGGCAUAUUACAGUUCUCUGGAAGACAAAAGGUUUGGAAUCAUACUUGAAAAGAUUAAAACUGUCAUUAAUGAUGAUACAAGAUACACAAAAGGAUGCCUGAAUAUGAGGACCCAGAAGUGCUAUGCAGUCAGGCCAAAUAUCAAUGAAUUCCUUGAUAUAGCUCGUAGAACAUACACAGAGAUUGUAGAUGACAUAGCAGGAAUGAUAACACAGCUUGGAGAAAAAUACAACCUACCUCUGAAGAUGAGUUUCAGUUCUGCUCGUGGAUUUUUUAUCCAAAUGAAUGCAGAAUGUGCAGCAUUACCUAAUGGUCAGCUUCCUUCAGAAUUUACAAAGAUCACUAAAAUGAAAAAUGCAUAUAGCUUUACUUCAGCAGACUUAAUUAAAAUGAAUGAAAGAUGCCAGGAGUCUUUGAGAGAAAUUUAUCACAUGACCUACUUGAUAGUGUGUAAACUACUGAGUGAAAUCUAUGAACAUAUCCAUUGCCUAUACAAACUCUCUGAUACUGUGUCAAUGUUGGAUAUGUUGCUGUCAUUUGCCCAUGCCUGCACUCUUUCUGACUAUGUUCGUCCAGAAUUUACUGAUACCUUAGCAAUCAAGCAGGGAUGGCAUCCCAUUCUUGAAAAGAUAUCUGUGGAAAAACCUGUUUCUAAUAACACAUAUAUCACAGAAGGCAGCAAUUUUAUCAUUAUUACAGGACCAAAUAUGAGUGGAAAAUCAACUUACCUGAAACAGAUUGCUCUCUGUCAAAUUAUGGCACAGAUUGGUUCUUAUGUCCCAGCAGAAUAUUCUUCUUUUAGAAUUGCUGAGCAAAUUUUCACUAGAAUUGGUAUGGAUGAUGAUAUAGAAACAAAUUCAUCAACAUUCAUGAAGGAAAUGAAAGAGAUAACAUAUAUCAUACAAAAUGCUAAUGACAAAUCACUCAUCAUAAUUGAUGAACUUGGCAGAGGUACCAGUACUGAAGAAGGUAUUGGCAUUUGUUAUUCAGUGUGUGAAUAUCUACUGAGUUUGAAGGCAUUUACUCUAUUUGCUACACAUUUCCUGGAACUGUGUCACAUAGAUGCUUUAUAUCCCAAUGUGGAAAACAACCAUUUUGAAGUGCAACAUGUGAGAAACAGUGCUGGAAAUAAGGAAAAAAUUACUUAUACUUACAUACUUUCGAAAGGACACACAGAGGAAAAAAACUAUGGAUUAAAAGCUGCAGAAGUUUCUUCUCUACCACCAUCAAUAAUUUUGGAUGCAAAGGAGAUCACAACUCAUAUUGCUAGACAAAUUUUGCAAAAGCAAAGAACCACUCCUGAGACAUUAAAACAGAGGGCUGUAUACCAUCUAGCAACAAGGCUGGUUCAGACUGCAAGGAACUCUCGAUUGGAUCCAGACAGUUUGCGAAUAUUCUUGAAAGGCCUGAAAAAAAAGUAUGAAGCUGAUUGUCCUGUGUCUGGACAAGCACAAACUGAAGAUGGACAGUAAUUUAUAGCUUACACGGAUGGACUAAUUUAUUUGGUGAGGGCCAGAAUAUUUAUUUUCUGUACCACUGACAUGUAAUGUUUUUUAUUUUUUAAAAUCUUUGAUUCUCAUCAUAAAUUAUAUUCACUACUGAAGCACCACAUUCUCUAUAUGUGGGUAUAAAUAGUUAUUCCUCUGAAGAAUUUUUUUGGAGCAAAUUUUAAACAGAAGCAUUUAUUUUGUAUCAAUAGUAUAACUAUGAAACUAUUUUUUCCCAUAUGACUCUUGAUAUGUCAGUGAUGGCCAAAAGUCCCUAUAUUUUUAAGAACAGCAAAAGCAAAGAGAUUCUGAAGAGAUUGAGGGUAGGGGGCCCCACUCCAUUUUGCUAGAGAUUGGUGGAGACACUACUCCAACUCUUCUCUAGCAACAGAGGAUGGUGAAAGGUUUAUUUCAAAAUAGAAAAUUAACCCUUUUACAGAGUCUGUCAGUACAUCUCUCUACCUCCUGGAGCUGGAUUAAAUCCUUCUAAGAUGCAUGGACCCAGUAUGGAGAGAAGGAAUGGAUCAAACCGAAGAAAGGGAGUUGUGGUAGGCAGACAACGUAUUUGCUCUUCCUGGAUAUAACUCCCUGGAAAAUGAGGUGUUGUUUUGGCCUUCCACCAAAUGACACCUGUCUGUGGAAUACGUCAAUCAACAGCAAAGCCAGCAUCCUUGGCCUUUUUACAGAAAAUUGCACAUACAUUGACAUGGUUAAGCUUUUAGCAUUCCUGUUGCCUAAACAUUAAAGGAAUCUCAUUAACAUUAAAACUACAUUUGACUGAACAUGCUUUUCAUGUACUACAGUUACAAGCAACAUCUAAGAUUACUUCUUUAUAAUUAUGACAAAGACUAGAAAAAGUAUUAUUUCAGUUCUGUCUUUUCUGUUUGUUUUUUUGUGCAUUUGACAACACUUUAGUCACUUCAUUCAAAUGUAGAUGGCUAGUUUUUCUGUCUAGUUUCAUGCAAUGAUAUAUUGACAUCACCUACUAGCCAGAGGCAGGGCAUUUACCACACCUCUGGAAAUAAUUUUGGCUGAAGGUGGCCAAAUUUAAGGUCCAAUCCCAGCUCUGAGUUGGGACCAGUGAGGAUCUCCCUCCACCUCAGUGGAAGCUCCAGGAGGGAUUCCCUUUAAUCUUGUGCCCACCUUCUCUUUAAGCAACCAAGUGGGGGCACAAUCUAGCCUAUAAAAAGUUAGUUAAA